AGUGAGCAAACAUGGCAAGGCAAGAAUCAUUGUUGUCCUCUUCUUCCUUUAGCUAUGGAUGGAAAUAUGAUGUUUUUCUGAGCUUCAGAGGCGAAGAUACUCGUCACGGUUUCACCGGCUCUCUCUACAAAGCUCUUCGUGACAGGGGAAUUCACACCUUCAUUGAUGAUGAGAAGCUUCAAAGAGGAGCGAAAAUCACAGCAUCACUUGUCAAGGCUAUUGAAGAAUCAAGGAUUGCCAUCACUGUGUUCUCUAAGAACUAUGCUUCUUCUGCAUUUUGCUUAGACGAACUUCUCCAUAUCCUUCACUGCAUCAAGGAAAAGGAUCGGUUGGUUUUGCCUGUUUUUUAUGACGUUGACCCUUCUCACGUGCGACAUCAGAGGGGUAGCUAUGAACAAGCACUCGCUGCUCAUGAACAGAGGUUUAAGGAUGACGUGGAGAAGGUGCAGAAAUGGAGGAUGGCUCUGCGUCAUGCAGCUGACUUGUCUGGCUUUCAUUUCAAACAACAAGGGAAUGAGAAUGAAUAUGAGUUUAUUGGGAACAUUGUUAAAGAGGUCUCCAAAAAAAUUAAUCGCGCUCCUUUACAUGUAGCGGAUUAUCCAGUAGGAUUGGAGUCUAAAGUGCUUAAAGUAAUCUCACUUCUGAAUGUGGGAUCUGAUGGAGUCCACAUGAUAGGGAUCCAUGGAAUUGGGGGAAUAGGGAAGACAACAGUUGCUCGGGCAAUUUAUAAUGCCAUUGCUGAUUCAUUUGAAGCUUUGUGUUUUCUUGAUAAUGUGAGAGAAAGUUCAAUUAAGCAUGGAUUAGAACAUCUUCAAGAGACACUUCUUUCAAAAAUAGUUGGGGAGAAAGAUAUUGAGUUAGCAAGUGUCAAGGAAGGAAUUCCAAUAAUAAAGCAUAGGCUCCACGGAAAGAAGGUCCUUUUUGUUCUUGAUGAUGUUGACAAAGUAGAGCAGUUGCAGGCAACUAUCGGAAGUCCUGAUUGGUUUGGUUCUGGCAGUAGAAUCAUUAUUACAACACGGGACAAGCAUUUGCUAACAAGUCAUGGGGUUGAGAAAACUUAUGAGGUAGAUGGGUUGAAUAAUAAAGAAGCUCUUGAAUUGCUCGGUUGGAAUGCUUUUAAAACUGACAAAGUUGAUCCUAGUUAUGUAGACAUUUUGAAACGUGCAAUAACUUAUGCUUCCGGACUUCCAUUGGCUUUGGAGGUAAUAGGUUCCUACUUGUUUGGGAAAAGGACAGAAGAAUGGGAAUCUGCAUUAGAUCAGUAUGAGAGAAUUCCAAAAAAAGAAAUCCAAAAGAUACUUGAAGUAAGUUUUCAUUCUUUGGAGGAAUAUGAACAGAAAUUUUUUCUUGAUAUUGCUUGUUGUUUCAAAGGAAAUGAUUUAGCAUAUGUCAAAAAAUUAUUGCAUGCUCAUCAUGGUUUCUGCCCAGAAUAUGGUAUUGGAGUGUUGAUUGAAAAAUCUCUCAUAAAUAUUAAUGUAUUUGGUCAUGUAACAUUGCAUGACCUGAUAGAGGACAUGGGUAAAGAAAUUGUCCGACAGGAAGCACCAGAGGAGCCUGGAAAACGUAGUAGAUUAUGGUUCCCCGAUGAUAUAGUUCAAGUUUUAGAAGAUAAUAAGGGAACUAAUAGUAUUCAAAUAAUAAUGCUGGAUUUCCUCAAAUUUGAAGAAGUAGUUGAAUGGGAUGGGAAUGCCUUCAAGGAGAUGAAAAACCUUAAAACACUUAUUAUUAGAAAAGGUUAUUUUUCUGAAGGUCCCAAACAUCUUCCAAAUAGUUUGAGAGUACUAGAAUGGUGGAGAUAUCCUUCACCAUCUUUACCGUCUAAUUUUCACCAAAAGAAACUUGUGAUACUGAAGCUACCCCAAAGUCACUCUAUUUCAAUUCAUUUGCUCAUGUCAAAUAAGGAGUUUGUGAAUAUGACAGUUCUGAAUUUUGAUUACUGUCAAUGUAUAACAGAGAUACCAGAUGUGUCUGGUGUCCCAAAUUUAGAAGAAUUAUCAUUUGGACAUUGUGAGAAUUUAAUUAAAAUUCACAAAUCAGUUGGAUUCUUGAAUAAACUUAAAAUCUUGGACGCUGAAGGUUGCAAGAAGUUUAAGAGUUUUCCACCCAUCAAGUUGACCUCUCUUGAAGAACUCCAUCUAUCAUGUUGUCCUAGUCUUGAGAAUUUUCCAGAAAUCUUAGGAAAGAUGGAAAAAAUAGCAAAGCUUAAAUUAAGUGAAACUACCAUAAAAGAACUGCCAGUUUCAAUUCAAAAUCUCACUCAGCUUAAAGGUCUAAUGCUGACCCGUUGUGGAGUUGUAAAGUUACCAAGGAGCAUUUCGAUGAUGCGAGAACUUAAAUUGAGUGUUCAGGAAUGUAAGGGAUUGCUUAUAUCUAAGCAGGACGAAGGCGAUGCACAAGUGAGCUCAUUGGUGUUUGAGAACACCAUUGUUGUUAACCUUUGGGAAUGCAAUAUAUCAGACGAAUUCAUUCGAAAAGAAUUUUCGGGAAAUUGGAGGGAUUCCACCCAACUUAGAAACAUUCUCUACAAGAAAGUCUCUACAAGAAAGUGCACAUCCUUGAAAGAUUUAGACCUCACACUAUUUCCUGAAUGUUUGACGACACUUUUUUUGUAUAAGUGCGAGAAUCUUCAAGAAAUUAGAGGGAUUUCACCGAACAUGAGAAGUUUGCAUGCAACAGAAUGCCCAUCUUUGACUUCCGAGUGUAGAAGAAUGUUAUUGAAUGAGGAACUGCACAAGGAGGGUGGAGACAAAGUGUUUCUUUUGCCAGAAACAAGGAUUCCAGAGUGGUUUGGGUAUAGUAUCAAUGGAUCAUCAAUUUCUUUCUGGUUUCGUAACAAGGUUCCUGCUAUAUCUCUAUGCUUUGCUUUUCGACUCAAAGGAAAUUAUGCCACUUAUAGGCUCAAUAUUGAAGUCAACGGCAUUUCUGAUAUAGGAGAGGAUUUCUAUUCAGAUUGCAAAGCAGGGGAUUAUACAGUUCUUUUUGAUAUGAAACAGGAAAAAUUCUUACUUGAUACUGUUCUUCUUGAAGAAAAUAAAUGGAAUUAUGUGGUGUGUACUAUAUCAAAGAGGAGCAAAGAAAACAAAAAAGCUUUGGUUAUCAAACAAAGUGGAAUCCAUGUAUUUGAACAAGGAAGCAGCAUGGAGGACAUUCAAUUCACCGAUCCACUGUUGCUGGAAGAAGAGCAUGGAUUGGUGGACAUGAAGAUUCUCAAAGACAAUUUAUGCAGCACCUAAAUAAUUUUGCUUCAUUGCCUUUUUCGAAAACAAUAAAUUCUCCAGCAUUGAAGAAUAUUGUGAAUUGGCAUUCAAAUUCAAUGGUAUCAAAGUUGAGAAGUAGCACUCCAAAUUUCCAAGCCCGUGAAAUUGUGUCCAGAAAGAGGAAAAUAGGUAUGUCAAAUGUGGACAUUGACAAUGAAGCCUGUGAACCUUGUUCUCCUGCUCCUUCAAAAGUGCCUUUGAAUUCAGCAGUGUCAUACUCUGCUAGUGGUGCUGCCAGUGAACAAGGAGAAUCUUCUUCUCAAAACCCAGGUUUUGGUUAGACUCAAAAUAUUGAGGCCCCAAGUCCCCAUUCAUCAUGCAGCAAGUACACAUAAAAACGUGUUGCAGUGUUGCCAACCACAAUUGACCUGUCUUUCAGGAAUAAAAUUGAGCCAAGUCAAGAUGAUGUAGAAACAGAAGCAUUUUAUGCUUCUCCUGAAGAUGAGGUCAAUGUUCUUUCAGGUUUGCAAGAUAAAUCGGCCACCACUGCUCCAAAUAAAGAGGCCAGGGAAGCACUGGAAAUAGUGCAAGACUUCAUCUCCAAUGAUGCUUCAAUUUUUCUGCAUACUGAGCAAUGUAGUGUCUUGAAAACUAGGAAUAUGAGGAGAAAUGAGAACAUUAUAUCAGAAGUUUCAAGGAUGCUUAAUCAUUGGAGUAGGGAUUACAUUGAAGUAAGUAGGAAAAUUGUGUCCACUGCAUCUGAGUUGCUGAUAAAUUAGAAGAUGAUCUGGAAGAUAAAAUGAACCACUUCAGCGGAAGAGGAAAAUAGGAAUCUUGUGCUAAGGACCUAUUAUAGGACGAAGUACAGGGGAUCACUUGCUCACAAGAAUGCUUGAGUCAGCAAGGAAUAUUAAUUAGUUAGCUUUGAGAAAUCGGUUGUGACCUGUGGGGGAACCAACGUGGUUGGUGCUUGCAAUGUUUAAAGCAUCUUUGGAACUAGAGAAGCCUUGGGAGAGUCCGGUGUCUCUCUAAUUGCACUAGGAAUUAUCUUUGCUUUUAUCGUUUUAUUACUCUCGAAUCAUUCUUCAAUUUUUGUAUAUCCUUCAUAUUCUGUAUUGGUGUUUGUACUAA